UUGCAGCAGAGCAAAUGCGUUCCUUUAACUGCAUUUUCUUACGCAGAAUAUUCUGACUAAUUUUACUGCAGAUUUAUCAAAAGGUCAUCACUAUGUUGGGGUCUUUAGCGUGUUUGAUGGUGUUGGUCGGCGUCAGCGCCGAGAUCGGCGUGAUCGGUUUCAAUCCCGGCCGUGUUUCGCAGACUUUCCUCCCGGGAGACGCCGGUAUUGACAUUGAUAGCAAUACUGAUGUGGCGGAUAGACCACGAAUUCUCAUCGUGACACAAAAUGAUGAAAGCGUUUCCGGGGAUGGUAACCAAGCGGAUGAAAAUUCGAUGGUGGACGAUAUCGGGACGAUCGGGAUUAACAACGGUCUGAUCAAGGAGUACAACUACAAGCAGAAAUACCGCAGCGCCGGCUAUCCCGGCAUCUACGGUCCGCGGCCCUAUUACGACGCCGAUGACGUGGCCGCUAGCAGCGACGACCAGCCCGCUCAGCAGAACGACAUCGGGGAGAUCGGGAUUAACAACGGCCAGAUCACGGAGUACAACUUCAAGCAGCGAUACGGCCAUCGCCGUCAUCGCUAUCCCAUUUGGUGAUCGCGCGUCUCCACCACGGACUGCUCCGCGGCACUGGCAACGCGAUCCACAAGAAUUCGCCGUUUAUUUGUUUGGGACUAUAUUAACUUAUUAAGCAUUAAGCGGCUUUUAAGCCUUGAUUGUCUGGUCUCGGAAGUUUUCCCAAAACUUUUAUUAGUAAUACUUAUAUAAAAAUGAUGUUAUAUUAAAGCGUAUAUGAGCAGCAACGAAAAUGCAAAGCGCAAGCGUUUGU